AUGUCUUCUGCUCGAGCCGUGUCGUUGUCAGCUGCUCUGCAGACGUCCAUCAUUCUGUGCCAGCGAUUCGCCGCAUCGCUGGCUCUCAAUUCCCCAUUCGAGACGCCUCAACAUGACUCAAAGGCACCCUCUCCCCUGGUCCUUUUGCAUGCUGCCGCAACUAGCCUCAGGGCACAAGUGACCAAGUUGUCGCUGUUAGCGAUCACGACUCCCUUCACCCCGACCGCUGUGACCACAUGUCUGCUCCCGUUAAACGAAUCAAUCCUUACCUCGUUAGUAACGGCCGCGUUGCUCACAACUCCAGAAACGACUAUACCGUCCUUCUCUGCUGAAUGCCGCAACCUGGCUGCAACUGCGCUGCGUGAUAUGCAAGCUCUCCUGCGACUCCUAGAGGCACGAAGCCAAACUAAAAAUCCUACAGCAGAACUUGGGGAAAGGGAAAAGACGGGAUUCACAGAGGCUACUGGCAGGGUGUGGGACGACUGCGAUAAACUGAUUCCCUUGGCUUCUGAGGGUGUCACCGGCUAUGUCGUCCGGAAGUCGAACCAGUGGUUGGAUCUCAUGAAAGACGCGGUGAAAGAGCUGGAAGACUGGGAUCCUGAGGACGAUAUCGAUGAGGAUGACCCGUUUGGAAUCAUCCACAGCGAUCACGAUGACUCUGACGACCCUCAUGACAAUAAACACAACAAUGAUCGAGCUGCCAUAUCUGCCGGGGUCAAGGAACAAGCACUCAAGGUCUUGAACCGCAUCCCACAAAGCAUUCACGUCGUCAUCAAGCAAAGGCUAGAGAAAAUCCCCAAGGAUAGAGCCAACACGGCUAGUCAAACGUCUCAAAUGGAUACGCUCCUCAAACGAGUCCGCCACGUGUCCGAGUUGAUUGACGAAUCCGCCGAGGGCAUGUAUCUUGGGGAUCUGGAAUUAUGUCUCAAGAAGGCAGGCGAAGCUCGGGCCCUCACUAUUGAGGUGGUGGAGUCUGUGCUUCGACCGAUCUCCUGGCUGAAUGCAACAACAGCAGCAGUCGAGACCAAAGAAGACCGAUACGUCCAACGAGCACUUGAAUGGAUUCGACAGGUCGAUCCUGGUGGGUCUUCACGAAAAUCUACAUGA